GUCAAGACUACGGCAAAUGACAAUUGAACCCGACAUGGCUGGCAGCAACGAUCCAGUGUCACAAUUGGGGGUGAUGGCAUCCUGAUUGACGGACGAGGCCGCAGACCAUAAGGGGAAGCUGGCGGGCUGCUUUGUCUGGGGUGCACUCCCCACGCAGUGCGUCAUCCCCUCGGGCUGGCCGUCCCCUGCACCAGGCCCCGCCAGACGUCUCGCUCGCUGACAGCUCCUUGUCCAUGGGUGAAUGCGCCCAAUUCCAUGCGCCCGUGCCUCUCCCCAGGCGCCUCCUACCUGCUUGCUCUCCAACACAAACUGCUUGCCCCAGAAACACCGACCCACGACCCAGAACCAUGCAGUAGACAGACGGCCCGCCCCGUGAACGACCUCGCGCGCACCUGCCCCCGAUCCCUGCCCCCGCAAGCCCGCCAACAUGGCAGCCGCAGUCCACAAGUUGCUGCACCCGCACCGCAGCAGAGACCAGGCCCGAGAAGAAGAGCAUGAGCGACAGCACUCGGCGACGGAGCGCGCCCGCGACGAGGAGAAGCACACGCUUGCGCAGUGGGGGGAGAAGAAGGCACCGCUCGAGCCUGGCCAGAUUGACAAAGACCCCGACCAGAAGAUGGUUGGGCACUCGUCCAGCGUGCUGCGGAAGGAGGACUUUGAGCUAAUCAAGACGCUGGGCACCGGCACUUUUGCGCGGGUCUGGCUGGUGAGGGUGAAGAAUGCGAGGGAUGGCGAAGAGAACCAGGUGUUUGCACUCAAGAUCCUGCGCAAAAUGGACGUGAUCCGCCUGAAGCAAGUCGAACAUGUCCGCAACGAGAGGAACGUCCUCGCUGCUGUCGCAGGCCACCCCUUCAUAACGACAAUGGUCGCCAGCUUCCAGGACCACGACUCGCUGUACAUGCUGCUCGAUUACUGCCCAGGCGGCGAGGUCUUCAGCUACCUCCGAAGAGCCCGACGCUUCAACGAACCUACAUCCCAAUUCUAUGCGGCCGAAAUCGUCCUCAUUUUGGAGUUCUUGCACGAGCGGGAAGGCGUCGCAUACCGCGACCUGAAACCUGAGAACAUCCUGAUCGAUGCCGAGGGCCAUCUCAAGCUAGUGGAUUUUGGAUUUGCGAAGAAGGUCGAAAACAGGGAAACAUACACAUUGUGCGGCACGCCCGAGUAUCUGGCACCCGAGGUCAUCAGGAACACCGGCCACGGCACCGCAGUUGAUUGGUGGGCCUUUGGCAUCUUGGUGUACGAGUUCCUCGUUGGCCAGCCGCCCUUCUGGGACCAGAACCCCAUGAAGAUCUACGAACAAAUCGUAGAAGGCCGUGUGCGCUUCCCAUCGGCCAUGUCCGCCGAUGCCCGCGACCUGAUCUCCGGCCUCUGCACCGUGGACACCUCCAAACGCCUCGGCAACAUCUCGGGCGGCGCCAGCACAGUCAAGAGCCACGCCUGGUUUAAGGACAUCGACUGGGACGCUUUGUACCAUCGCAAGGUGCAGGGGCCGAUAGUACCCCAUCUGCGGGGCCCGGCCGACACGCGGAAUUUCGACGAGUAUGAACCUGAGAGUAUACAUCGUGAGGCGUACACCAAGGACAUGCAGGAGAAGUACGAGGACUCGUUCGAGGACUUUUAGAUGGGAGACGCGGAUUUUAUAGGGGCUAUUGUGAGUGAUGGGCGUGGGAUUCGGAGUUACCGAGAGUGGGGCUCUGUACGAGGGCUUGGGAGAUGGCGGCGAGGGAGCAGAGCAGAAGCUCCUGACGUCCACCUAGUCGAAGUGGUUCGCUGGCGAUGGUUUCAUUCACGGUUUCUUGGUUCGGUCUGGCUUUGCGUGUUUGCAUAGCCGUUGGAAGCGACGCACGAGGGAAUGUAUGGAAAUGGUAUGAUUGGAUUGGAUUGGGAUGGAUUGGCUUGGGAAACGAGAUACCUGUGCAUGAGAGCAUGUCUUAUCACGUCUUGUCUAUACUCCGGCUAGCUUUGGCGUCUACAUGGUGGGUUGUAUUUCUAGGCAAUCGAAUAUGUCUGAUGC